GACAGUGUUUAUGCUGCAUUCACUAUGAAAGUGAGACAGAUGAGGAGAAGGAGAGUGCAGUGUAUUAGUGUGUGAGGUUUAUUUAGCUCAACCGUGUGUCUGACAGAGUGUAGGGGGUGGUAAGGGGUUGGCUGACCACCCUGGACAACCUCUUCCUGACUACAUCGCUGACAGGAAGUAUAGAAAGAAAAGGAGAAAAAGAGAUGUGAACUUUUCUGUUUCUCCGUUUCGUUUUUUGUGGAGAUUUUGUCCACCGUCAUCUGCAAAAAGAAUACAGUAUUCGGAAAACGCACCAAAGAGAAAACACAAAGCGAAAGAGUGAAGCAAGAAUAUGGAGGACAAUUUUUGCUGUAUUCUGGGGCAUUUUGAGAGGGAUUAUUUGUGACGCCAAGGGAAGAAUGUUGAGAGUGAGGAGUGAAUGAUGAAAACAGCUGUUCGGGCUCAGAACACGGAGCAUCCUGAGAGGUGAUCUAAAAACCAUUCAUCCGAUUCUUCUUGAAGAUCUACUUGUCCUCAUUAUGCACUAUGCUCUCCCCUGGCCCUUCCACAGCACCUUCAGGCAUUUCCAAACCCUCUUCCCCAACCAUAUCUUCACCUAUUCAGGCAACUUUCAAUCCACAAACCUCUCCUCUUCCUCUUAGUCCUCUUUCUUGCUUGACUUCUACUCCAACCUUCCCAUUGGUUGAUAUCUCUGACAACCCAUCCCCUGACCCUGCCUCCCAUCCACUUCCAACUUCGCCCACAAUCUCAUGUGUACACCAUUCCUCACCUCAAAUUGACUCCAAACCAUCCACACCUCCCCCCCAGAAACCCAUGCCUCCUCAGGUCCCAAAGCCACCCCUCCCAGCACAACUCCCCUCUGCUCUUCCUAAGAGCUCCUCCUCAGCCAUGCCUAGACCACCUCCACCUCCUGCCGUUAGACCUUCAUCUCCACCUCAACCCAGACCACCACCACCAGUAGUCCCAAAACCACCAGUCCCCACAUCUCCAGUGAGCAAGAUCCAUAAACCUAUUCCUCCUGGUAUCAGCAUCCUGGAGAAACUGAUUAAGACAUGUCCAGUCUGGCUUCAACUGGGAAUGAAGCAGGAGAGAGCCAUGCAUAUACUGAGCAAGGAGUUUCCUGGGAUCUUUCUAGUCAGGAGGGAUGCAAGUCAAAAAACGAUGGUUCUUGCAGUACGCCUUCUUGACCAGCUGGGGGAGCCCCAUGUCAAAGAACUGCCUAUAAAGGAAGAAAAGUCCUUGCUGUACCUUGAAGGGUCUGUGCUGGUGUUUGAGAAUAUUUUUAAACUCAUUGCUUUCUACUGUGUUAGCCGGGACAUCCUCCCUUUUCCUCUGAAGUUACCGCAGGUCAUUCAAAAGGUAGCAAAAUACGAGGACAUGGAGGUGAUCUCUUCACUAGGCUCAGAGUUCUGGAACUCAGCUCUGAAUUGUCACGAGGAAGUGGAAAACGUUGCUAGUAGCUGUGGUGCUUUGGAAAGGCAGGGACAAAGCAGCUCCUGUGAAAUCCAGCUUUCCAUUGGCAGUGACCGGCUUUGGCAUGUCAACCCAAUUUUCAUUGAGGAAUGCAGCAACAGCUUGCCACCUGCCUCUUCAACCCCUGUUUUGAGAACCCAGAGUCUCAACACACCAGUCCAGGCUCCGCCCAAAUACAAAAGGCCGCCACCCCUACGUCCUCGUCCACCCAGUGCACCUGAGUGUUCUCAACACUAUGCAUUAGCCAAGCCUUCAAAAGGGGAGUUCAAGGCAGUUCUCAGUUCUCCACCCCCUUCAGGCCAGAAAGGGGAAGGAAGUGACUGUGAGCAUGCAGACAGAGAACAAGAGAGACACCGAACUUCUGCCCCAAGCACUGAGUGUGAAAAGCCCGCUGUCUUACAACCAGCUCAGGGCAAAGAAGGAAAAUGGCAUUUUACUACGGCUUCACAUCAAGUUCCUCCAAUACCAAUCCGAAGGAGGCUAUCUGAAAAGCAAGCUUCAGAGGAACCAACGCAGCAGCAAGUCCACACCAGCACCUCCACAGAAGCAGAGGGCAAUAUUCUGCAAGUCCCUGUUGCAUCCCUCAUUUGCCUAGAUGACAGUAUGGAAGAAAGGGACAAGCCUAUGGACUCAGAGACUCAGCAACUUAAGGAAGUGCCAGUGGAAGAAUCUAAGGUAACAAAUGGAGCUUCAAUGGUGAAUCAAGAGGUAGUACCUCAACCGAACAAGCCUAAUGUUCCAGUUGCGCCUCCCAGGAAGAAAAGACUCUCUCAGAAUCUGACUGGACAUGUCUCCCAAAGCUUUGUAAACUCACUUAGACCAAUCCCACAAGAGUCCAUUCUUCCUUUAAACUCAAGCAGCCCCAGUCCCAUCCGCCACUCGCUCUGCAUCAAUGCUGGUCAUUCCAAAGUCUCGGAUGUUUCUCUAUACUCUCCUGAUGGUGGAGCUCCACCAGACCAUGACUCCUACUCAACCAGCAGCACAGAGGAGGAGCUGGAUACCAAUGUGGCGACAGGUAUUCUCAUAAAGAGGACCCCAACAAUUAUGUUAGACCGUGCCAAGCAACGACUUUCAAUGGUGUCUAUGGCAAACCUCUCCAAUGUCCUCACGGGCUUCAUGAACGCAGACCGGAAGUUGCAGAAGCGCAUUGUUGAACUGUCCCGGGAUGGAAACACAUACUUUGGGAACCUUGUUAAGGAUUAUCGAGCUUUCACUUUGGACACCAUGCGAAAACACACCUCCAGCACAGAGAUGCUCCAAGAGAUCAGGCAGAUGAUAACUCAACUGAAAAGCUAUCUGAUCCAGAGUGCAGAGCUGCAAAAUCUACAGGAAGCAGUCGGUUAUUCUGAGGAGAAACUGGAGAUCAUUACUGAAGCAGCACUAUGCAAAAGUGUCCUGAAACCCUUAAGAGAGGCAGUGUAUAAUGGACUGAAGGAUAUCCACUCCCGUACAGGAAAUUUGAAGAAACUAAAAGAAAAUCAGCAAGUGGUUCAGGGGACGACCACCACAGACCUGGGGGUCACCACCAGUGUCCCUGAAAUGGCCGUUAUGGAGAAAAUUCAAACAAAGCUUGGUAACAUGCACCAAGAAUAUUUGCCUCAGAAGAAGAUCGACUUGCUCCUCAAGACCUGCAAAAUCAUCUAUGAAUCCAUGUCUGUGGGCUGUCCAGGAAAGGCCUACGGGGCUGAUGACUUCUUGCCUGUGCUGAUGUAUGUCUUGGCUCGCUGUAACAUCAGCUCUCUGCUGCUGGAUGUGGAGUACAUGAUGGAGCUAAUGGAUCCAGCACUGCAGCUCGGAGAGGGUUCAUAUUAUCUUACCACCACUUAUGGAGCUCUGGAGCACAUCAAAAAUUUUGAUAAACAAGCUAUGACCAGACAGCUGAGUUUGGAGAUCCAAGACUCCAUCCAUCGCUGGGAGCGCCGCCGAACCCUAAACAAAGCCAGAGCUUCACGCUCCUCUAUACAGGACUUCAUUAACGUGUCCUUCCUGGAGGCUGGAUCCAACACCAAGACCAUGGGAUUGCGUCCCAACACUACCGCUCAGGAUCUGUGCAAUCAGUGUGCAGAGAAGUUUGAGGUAUUGGAUCCUGAGUCUUAUUGCCUAAGCGUGCUGAUGGAUGGCCAUAACAUGCCUUUGGCUCCUGAAGAGCUUCCUCUCACGAUCAAGUCUACUUUGCACCAUAGUGAGCCACGUAAGGAGUAUUAUUUUGUCUACCACCACGGUCGCUGGCCUGAACAAGAGUCUGUGGACCAGAAACCAUCAACACCAGCACCUGAAGAGAGUUUAAUAUGAACUAAUGCAUUUGUAUAUGUGUGUGCCAGUGAAAGGUACACAUCCAAAAUCCAAAAGUUUAAUCAACACUGCUCAGAGUGUAUUUGGUCCCACUCUAAAUAGUGUUAAAAUAACACUGAAGCAGAGUUAAAGUUAAUGAGAUAAUUAAGUGAUUAAUUAUGUGCUGAUUGAGCAUUAAUGAUGUCAUCUGAAAUAAAAGACAUUACAAAUUUCUCGAGAUCUCAGCAGAGGAUUAAACAAUUCCACAAACAGCAUCACCAGCUUCACCCAUUUCUAACCAUUCUGACCAUAUUUAUAUGAGACAUCUGCAGAAGAUCUUAUUGAGAAUUAACAGAGGUUCAGAUGUUGAGUUUUAUUGGUCAAAAAAUGGACCAUCAUGGAGAUCAGUGUUUGCUGUAGUUGGAUUCUUGACCCUUUUAGAACUUCUAAAUUAUUUGCUUCUAAGCAGUUAUGAUACUGUUUCGCUGCAAGCACCUGCACAUUGUUGAAUCGAAAGUUUAAAGUAGCAGAUUACACUUUUUGCUUAUAAAGCAUUUGAAUAAUCACCACAAAGUGGUUUCUCUCUCUCUCUGCGAUAUUGACUGAGCUUCAGCGACUACUAUACAGUAAAAACUGUUCUAGUGUUCUAUUAAACAUGUCGCACUGUAAUGCUUCAAAGAUGAAGAGAUUCAGUUCAGGCUUUUAGACAUGAAUACUUAUCAUACAAUCCACAACAGUGGUGACAAUAAUUAUUCAUAAUAAAGAGCAUGAUGGGAGUUUUGUACUUUGGUGAUACCCUGCAUGCAAUGGAGUGUGAAGCGUUUUGUUGAUUGUGACUUUAUGCACAACAUUGGUUUUAAAAUCAUUCAUGAUAACUGUUUGUUGCUACACAUUCUCAUACUGUAGUUUCACAGGGUUAGUUGUGCUAAACAUAAAUGGAAAAAAAAAACAUGGUAAGCUACUUUGGAUGCAAUCAGGUCAGUUCACGAUGAGUAUCUCAUCAUAUAGAAGCAGCUACUAUAUAUUCAAUGUAAAGCAUUGACCUCACUGUUUUACAACAUCAUAUGCAUUGUUGCUGAGAAAAAUCUAACACAUCAAGUCAAGGGUCAAGAGCCACGACCAAAAAAAAAAAAAAAUUUUUUUCUUUAAUUUUAAAGCAAACACUGAUCUCCAUGAUGGUGCCAUUGUUUUUUAACCAAUAAAACAUCAACACUGAAAUAUCUGAUAAUUCUCAAUAAGAGCUUCUCUAGAUGUCUAACAGAUGUAAAGUCAGUCUGGUUAGUAAUGAGUGAAGCUGGUGAUGCUGUUUGUUGUUUAAUGCUGCCUUCACGUGCUAUCGAAAAUUUCCUUUUUCCCACUUAUGAAGUCAUGGUUACAAGCUUGUCGUAUUGAAGUGGUUUAAUGUUGGAAAGAAUAAAAUGUAGCAUCCCAUUGGUUAACUAUCAUAAACAUUCACCGUGCUCACAUGCAGUUUGCUGACAAUUCUGGAAUUUUGGUCAAAUACAUGCUUAUUUCACUGCUUAUAAAACAUACAAUAUGCUACGAAUGAUCGUCAUAUCUAGCCUAUAAAUACACUACUUUAGCGACAAGACAAAGGGAUGUAGUUGUUGUGAGAACAGCAUUGACAACAGCAAUGGUUGUCCCCUCCACCAUGUUUAAAGAUUAUGACCAGCCCAACUCGGAAACUCUGGUAUCAAAAUUAUUUCAGAAUUUCCCAGUAGUAAAUACGACUUUGAAAGGUGUUUAUGUCUAAUUUCCAAUUAGUAAACUCAUAUUUACAAUAAUUCCGAUAGCAUGUAAAGGCAGCAUAAUCCUCCUCUGCUGAGAUCUUGAGAGAUUUAAUGUCUUCUUUUUUUCAGUUGAUUUCAUCUAAGGCUGUGGCUUAAGUCAGUUGUAGUUCUCGUGUUUCUCUUUUCUUCAGUGAUUCUGCUUGUUAACAGCAAGUGUUCCUAAUGCUCAAUCAGCACUUAAUCAUCUCAUUAACUUGAACUCUGCUUCAGUGUUACUUUAACACUAUUUAGGCCAUGUCCACACGUGCAUGGGUAUUUUUAUUAACUCUUUUUUUAUAAAAGAGUUUUUCCUUCCGUUUUAAAAAAAAUCUAUGAAGCACUGUCAAGAGCAUGCCAAGCCAGCAGGUGGUGAUAUAAUCUCAACCGUAAAGCCAUGUUGGCCAAUCAGAAGCCUGAAAAGUAUCCAGUAGGCGGAGAUAACAGUGGCUUACAAGCUGGCUGGCAUUUGCUUUAAAACAUGCGCUGGAAAGGACCAGGACUGGAAUUCAGAAUCUGUUUUGAAAAUAUGUAAUAUUUUUCUCCUUA